GAAGGACCCUCAAAGGGAAAAGGCAUUGACCCCCAGAACUGGGGUAGCGCUGAUCUGGAAGAGUCUGAAGUGGACCCAGAGGCCCAGCGAGAAGCCUUGGCCACCUGGGCAAGGUCGAGAACCUGGGCUAAUGAGGGGUCUGCAAGACAGACAGAUUCAGACAAUGAGCCAGCGGAUCCUGUUAAAGCAGCCAUCAAAGCUACGGAACAACGGAUGACUGAACGAAUCGCCGAGGAAUCCGAGAUUCGCCAUCCCGUGAGGGAAAUGGUUGAGAAGGCUGCAAGCCAGCCCUCUAAGAAACAAGGACAGAGGGAAACCCCUCCCACCAUGGACGCGGCGGCCCAGAUAGCACCCAAGAGCUACUUGGGUCGAGCGUUUGAGAAAAUAACUCAUAAAAAGAGGAAAGAAUCGAAACCUAGUCGAUCCCAGUUCCCAGAUGACCCAUCCAGUAGCUCUUCCGAAUCCUCUACCUCUCAGUCGUCCUCAAGUGAGUCGUCGAGUGAGAGCUCAUCCAGCGCCAGCGAUGGAGAAAAACGAGUGUCUAAGAAGCAUCGUAAGAGCAAAAAACGAAAAUCCAAACGAAAAAGCACAUUAAGACCCAUUCCCCCAAAGGAGUAUGAUGGGGCCGUUGAUCCUAGAGCCUUCCACCGUUUCAUAACGGAAGGGACAGCAUAUGUAGAGGAUGGAAAUGUACCGCGAGGGAGACGAGUCUUCGUCCUAUCCUAUUACCUGAAGGGGAAGGCGCACGAUUUCUAUGUCAGACAAGUGUCAGACCGGCCAGGUGACUGGAAGUUGAAGGAAUUCUUUACCGAAUUAUUCAACUACUGUUUCCCGCUCGACUUUCGAACUAAGCAGUGA